AAGUUAGUAUUUCGAGUAUUUAAAUAUUGCUUAUUUGCACCACCACUAUCAUUGUUUUAAAAUGCUAAUGUGAAAGAUUUAUUUUUGGAGAAAUAAAUCAAAAUUUGUGUUCACAAACAAACGCGAAAUAAAUAACGGAGCACAACUACCUACGACUGAAACUCCGAUCACCGGAUGAAAUUUCCGGUGGCCGGAUUUCCGUCUGAGAGAAAACCGCGCAACCUAUUAGAAUAGAUUCGACCCCCUCAUGGAUUCGCCGGAGAAUAGCGAAGAAGAGCUGAGGGAUUGCAGCGACGACGGCGGCGGCACCACUCUCCGUCGCUCGCAUCUCCGUUCGUGCCUCGCCGUCGCUUUCGCUUUCGUAAUCAUUAUGUUGCUUUCAUUUUCGGUUAUGUACUUCGCUGUUUUGAUCGGGAAUUUAUCAAUUUGGAGCCCGAUUUCGGUUCAGUCUCGCUGCAGAAUAGUUUCCAGCAGUGUGGAUCUGAGGUCAUCCAAGGUCUGUGAAUUAGGUCUUCUGAAUUAUAAAGGCAAACCUGUGUUUUACUCUUUUGAACGGAAAAAGUAUCGGUGCCAUUAUGACUACUACUGGGCUUCUGUUUUUGAGGUUGAAUAUGUAGAUUAUUCAGGACAAGCAAGGUUUGCAUCAGCAGAAGCCCCAAAUGAAGCUCUUCCAAACCACUGUAGACCCAAUUUUGGUGCUGCCUGGUUGACCAAGGAUAAAUUUAAGGUAAAUGAAACGUACGAGUGCUGGUACACUCUGGGUAUUUCUAAGGUUAAUAUAAAUAAUGACGGUUUAUUCAAUUGCCAAGCUGAGGAUCCUUCUACUGUCGAGAUGCUUAAACGAUAUUCCAUACUGUCCACAAGGUUACUGAAGUCAUGGUUUUCCAGUUGGGGAUCUAUACAGCUGUGGAGAUGGGAUCUAAUAGCUGGAGCUAUUUCCGGCUUUCUAAUGUCCUUGCUAUCCGUUCCCUUCAUUGGAGUUGUCUACCCAUUGCUAGUCAUAAUUCGCCGACUCUUUGCAUCCUGGACAUCCAUGCCUUACCCAAGUACUGUUUUAUUAAAGCGAGUUUGUUUCUUUGGAGUGUAUUUUUCCUUUAUGAGUUGGGUCACCAUUCAAUACGUGAAAAGGCUCGGGUUGUCAUAGACGUAUAGAUGUUCACAUUAAAAAAGGCACUCCAUUUUCCAAUUGUGCUGUUGACAACUUUGAAACCUGCAUCUCUAAGGCAUGAAACAAUGACAGUUUUGUAUAGAGACCCAAAAUAUAACAAUUUUAGCAAGUAGUCGUCUGGUUCUGCUGUAGGUAGCUGCCUUUCUAUGAGGACCAUACAUGUAUAGUUUAUAUUUAGCUUGUAAAAAUUGGUGUGUCACGAGAAUUUCAAAAAAGAAGAGCUGCGAUUCUCCCUA